UUUUAAGGCAGCGUCUCACAUUAGCCUGGGCUGUGAUUUUCCUCCUUGUGCUUCCUCUUGUCGCUGGGGAUGACAGCCUACCUGACAUUAGUACUGCUAAGAAAACCGGAUGCGACCUCUUCAGAUUGUCCAGAGCAGAUUAAUUUCCCCCUUGUGUUGUGGAUUGAAGCCUUUGGCCUCCUCCCAAAGCAAGGUUUGCCUAACGAUGGCUCGGCCAAGUUCAAGCAUGGCAGACUUUCGGAAGUGUUUUGCCAAGGCAAAGCACAUAGCCAUUAUUUCAGGGGCUGGCAUUAGUGCUGAAAGCGGGGUUCCAACUUUCAGAGGAGCUGGAGGCUAUUGGAGAAAAUGGCAAGCUCAGGACUUGGCAACUCCCCAGGCCUUCGCCCACAACCCGUCGCGGGUGUGGGAGUUCUACCACUACCGGCGCGAGGUCAUGCGGAGCAAGGAGCCCAACCCCGGGCACCUGGCCGUGGCCGAGUGCGAGGCCCGGCUGCGUCCCCAGGGCCGGCGGGUCGUGGUCAUCACCCAGAACAUCGACGAGCUGCACCGCAAGGCUGGCACCCAGAACCUCCUGGAAAUCCACGGAACCUUAUUUAAAACUCGAUGCACCUCUUGUGGCGUUGUGGCUGAGAACUACAACAGUCCAAUUUGUCCAGCUUUAUCAGGAAAAGGCGCUCCAGAUCCUGAAACUCGAGAUGCAGGAAUCCCAGUUGAGAAACUGCCCAGGUGUGAGGAGGCAGGGUGCGGGGGCUUGCUGCGACCACAUGUGGUGUGGUUUGGAGAAAACCUGGAUCCUGCCAUUCUGGAGGAGGUGGACAGAGAGCUUGCCCUCUGUGACCUGUGUCUAGUGGUAGGGACUUCAUCUGUGGUCUACCCAGCUGCCUUGUUUGCCCCUCAAGUGGCUGCUAGGGGAGUUCCAGUGGCCGAGUUUAACACGGAGACCACCCCAGCCACAAACACAUUCAGGUUUCACUUCCAGGGACCCUGUGGGACCACCCUUCCUGAAGCCCUGGCUCCUCAUGAAAUGGAAACUGUUCCUUAAACAUUCUGUGAACGGAAAAAUAAUAGUGGAUCUGAGAACUAGGCCACACACGGAACAUUCUUGUGGAUGUUGAGCUGAAUACUGAAGAUCUAAAAAUAUCCUCUGAUACCUGGUGGGGAUUCAGCCUCUUGAUAAAUGAUUGGCUUAGAAAAGCUGUGACAAAAGCAUUUAUUUAGAUGAAGCUAGAGAAGUGUGGAGUUAACACACUUUAGUUGGUUUGAACUAAAAUACAAGUUCUUAUGUUUGAUGUUUUGGUCAGUUAUUGGGAGGGAAAAAUUUGUGAUUACAUUGUCUUAAAAAGAAGUGGGUUAAUGAUUGUGGAUCUUUGCUCUUUGAUCCAGAAAUAGAGGAAAGCCUCAGCUGGUA